GACGCCCCGACCCGAUCGAGGGCCAGGUCAGCGCAGGCCCGGCAAGGCGAAGUCAAGCAACCCCCGUGCAGCCAUGGCCUCUCUGCUGGGAGCCUACCCGUGGCCCGAGGGGCUCGAGUGUCCCGCCCUGGAAGCUGAGCUGUCUGAUGGUCUGUCGCCGCCAGCAGCCCCCCGCCCCCCGGGGGACAAGGGCUCGGAAAGCCGUAUCCGGCGGCCCAUGAACGCCUUCAUGGUGUGGGCCAAGGACGAAAGGAAACGGCUGGCGGUGCAGAACCCGGACCUGCACAACGCCGAGCUCAGCAAGAUGCUGGGAAAGUCGUGGAAGGCACUGACGCUGUCGCAGAAGAGGCCCUACGUGGACGAGGCGGAGCGGCUGCGGCUGCAGCACAUGCAGGACUACCCCAACUACAAGUACCGGCCUCGCAGGAAGAAGCAGGCCAAGCGCCUCUGCAAGCGCGUGGACCCCGGCUUCCUCCUGAGCUCGCUCUCGCGAGACCAGAACGCGCUGCCGGAGAAGAGCGGCGGCCGCGGGGCGCUGGGGGAGAAGGAGGGCAGGGGUGAGUACUCCCCGGGCGCUGCCCUGCCCGGCCUCCGGGGCUGCUACCACGAGGGCCCAGCUGGUGGCGGCGCCGCGGGCAGCGUGGACACGUAUCCGUAUGGGCUGCCCACGCCCCCGGAGAUGUCUCCCCUGGACGUGCUGGAGCCGGAGCAGACCUUCUUCUCCUCCCCCUGCCAGGAGGAGCACGCCCACCCCCACCACCUGCCCCACCUGCCAGGGCCCCCUUACUCCCCGGAGUUGGCCCCCAGCCCCCUCCACUGCAGCCACACCCUGGGAUCUCUGACCCUUGGCCAGACCCCGGGGGUCUCUAUGAUGUCCACUGUACCUGGCUGCCCGCCAUCUCCUGCCUAUUACUCUCCUGCCACCUACCACCCUCUCCACUCCAACCUCCAGGCCCACCUGGGCCAGCUCUCCCCACCUCCCGAGCCCCCUGGCUUCGAUGCUCUGGAUCAACUGAGCCAGGUGGAACUUCUAGGGGACAUGGAUCGCAAUGAGUUCGACCAGUAUUUGAACACUCCUGGUCACCCAGACUCUGCUGCUGGGGCUGGCGCCCUCAGUGGCCAUGGCCCACUCUCCCAGGUGACCCCAUCGGGCCCCACAGAGACCAGCCUCAUCUCCGUCCUGGCUGAUGCGACUGCCACUUACUACAACAGCUACAGUGUGUCCUAGAGUCAGAGGCAAGGAGUCUGGGCCAGCCCUGGC